AGUUUUGACAUUUUCGUCAAACACGUGCGUAUUUAUAAAUAAACAUUAUAUGAAGUAAAUCGCUGCGUAAUUUGUUAAAUAUCGAUAACCAUAUCAAAAUGACGGACAUAAACAUCGACACGGACAUUUUUGAGCCUAAAAAGGCCAACAAAAGGCGAGUAAACUCAACAAAUGAAGAACCUAUGGAAACAGAAUUGCACAAUGGUAUUGAGGGAACUUCUAAAAAUAAGCCAGGAAAAGCUAAACGUACCAAGGCCACAGAAAAAGACGAUGUAAGGAAAAUACCAGUGCCAGCUCACAGAUAUUCGCCGCUAAAAGAAAAUUGGUUGAAAAUAUUUACACCGAUUGUUGAACAUUUACAGUUGCAAGUUAGGUUUAAUUUAAAAAGUAGGAAUGUUGAAAUUAAGACGUGCGAAGAGACAAAGGAUAUAGGAAACUUGCAAAAAGCUGCUGACUUUGUAAAGGCUUUUGUAUAUGGUUUUGAAGUUGAAGAUGCAUUAGCCCUUUUACGUUUGGAUGAUCUAUUUGUAGAAACAUUUGAAAUUAAAGAUGUGAAAACACUUAAAGGUGAUCAUCAAUCUAGAGCUAUUGGCAGAUUAGCUGGUAAAGGAGGAAGAACCAAAUUCACAAUAGAAAAUGUAACAAAAACAAGGAUAGUUUUGGCUGACAGUAAAAUUCACAUAUUAGGAAGCUUUCAGAAUAUACAAAUGGCCAGAAGGGCUGUUUGUAACUUAAUCCUAGGAUCUCCCCCAUCCAAAGUAUAUGGACAAUUAAGAAAUGUUGCUUCAAGAGUGUCUGAAAGAAUGUGAUUUAUAUUUAUAAAAUAUUUUUAAGUUAAAUAAAAAAUUAAACUUGC